AUGGGAGUGAAGAUCUCAUUGGCCCCGUUGAUGUUCAAAUUGCUCUGCACAUAUCUUUCUUUGGGGCUAUUUGGAGGAAAUCAAGGGAAAUUUGAAGUUGAAGCCUCUCCGCCGGUGGUUGAUGUAAGUUUACUGUUUUUUUAUAAGAAUUGUGCGGCAUUACGUAUAAAAAAUUCAGUAAAGAUGCCUUGUUUUUAUUUUAAGUUUGACAAAUCGACAAGUUGCCACCCCAAACUUGCGUAAAAAUUGUUUGUAAAAGAGGUUGUUAGAAUUGACCCAAAAUUUUACAAGGCCAAUAUUAGUAGACCAGCAAGAGCUAGAUUUUCUUCAAAAUUUGCGCUCUUGAUCCGUCUAGGCCACAAUUCAACGUCUGAAAGUGUUAGCCGAGAUAUUUGAAGAUAUUUAUCAAUUAGAAGCCAAAGAGGUCAAAGACAAAGUUUCAGCCAAAUCUUGCUGAAUUUAUUGCUGGAAACACACACAUACAGUGGCGGACCUGAUCCAUUGGCCAAAAACGUACUAUUUUGCAUCCGGGAAGCAUCAAAAAUGUGGCAAAAUGCUUCCCUCUUCAAGUGAAAAAACUUCGUUUUGAAGGGCGCGCCCUUUCCUUCACAAAAAGAGCGGGUGCGCUUUUGAAAUCGGAGUUUUUUCACUUGGAGAGGGAAGCAUUUUGCCACAUUUUUGAUACCUCCCAGAAUGGUACGUUUUUGCCACUGGAUCAGGUCUCCUACUGUACAUGAAAUGUUAGCUUUUGCUUUUUAAUUUCAAGCGAAAUAUUCAAUGAUAUUUAAUAUUAUGGAAUUGGAAGCCAAAGAAGUCAGAGGCAAAUUUUUAAUCAAAAUCUCGCUGAAUUCAUGGCUGGAAAAACAGAUUUUUUUCCAGAAAGGUUUCACUUCAAAUUUCGAAUAAGUUAGCCCCAAUUUUUAUCAAAAAAAUCAUACUUAUUACUUCAUCAAUAAUGACGUCUUCGCUUGGCUAUCUUUUAUCUUUUUUUUCAUCUCUGAUUCUCCCCAAAAAACUCUAAAAACUCAUUUUGCGGCGUAAUUGGCCUAAAGAUUCGCUUUUUAUAAGUUUCAACUGCGCCAUUUUAUCUAAAAAAAAUAAUAAAAGUGCAUUUGGGAUCUCCAAAAGAUACCGUAUUCUAAGUUUCAAAACAGACUUUAUACUCAUAAAAACGAUAAAAGAUCAAGAGUGAGAGUUGAUCCAAAAUAAAUAAUAAAAAGAUGAUUUAGAAUGUCCAUAAAAGUGGUGGAGUUCGUGCGGUUGCGAUGAGUGGCGCUGAAAUUUCGGAUGGCAUCUUGCCCGACGAUUACGAGGCCAUUGAAGAGGACUGGGCCGAGCCUGUUUUGAACUACAAAGGGAGCAAGAAGAAGCAGCGGAAGGAGAUUAUGACCUCGGAAAUUGAUAAGGACUCCAUUUUUCAGCAAGGGUAGGUUCGAUUUCGAAGUUUAUAUAUCCCUUUUUCUUUGCCAAAAAUGAAAUUUUAAGAGAUUUUUUUAUAAAAAUGGACGAGAGACUGCCCAAAAUGCGGAGAGCGGAAAGAGAGAAAAUCUAUUUUUGCCCAUAUUUUUGCCAGUUUCUUGCGGAAAAGUUUGAUUUUUGGUGGAGAUAUAACCCUGUACGGUAGAAAUAGCCAUGAAAAUUUUUAUCCGAAAAAUUUGCAUAAAAAUGCCAUAUUUUUGUCGAUUUUUUCACCCAAAAAUCUUGGUCGUUUCUGCAAUCCGCGAGGUCGAAGUAAUACCUCGAAAAAUUUCUUUUUCAACUUUACAUCAAGUUUUGUCAAAAUCUAAGCAUAUCAUCUUCAGAAGUUCAAAAGUUUACAAUUUUUUUUUUAUUUUAAGCCCAAAAAUUCCAAAAAAAACUGUUUUAAACCUGUUUAAAAUGCUUUGCAUGUCCACCGCAUUUACUUAUUUCCGACACUUUAUGUGUGCAGAAUCCAAUCUUUCCUAAUUUCCUAUCCAUAAUCAUCGUAUUUUAUGGCUCUUUUUAAUGUUUUUGUUCCCUUUUUUAGCGCCAUGUUCACAACGGGAGCUUUUGGGUAUGUGAAAUCGGUGUUCCGUUGGGUAUCGUUGUGAAUUUAGUCGCUCCUUUUUAUUUGAUAACACGUAAAAUAGUGGCUAAUUUAAAAAAACUGCGUUUUCCCUGCUUUUGUGUUUGUCAUCACUAAACUGUCAAAAGUUAUGUAGUGUAAUGUAAUUUCUAAUGUUGGAAAAUUAGAAAAUUUUAGUUGGUAUUUUCUGAAUUUUUAGUUGGUUUCAGUGGUAGUUGAUAUUUGUAAGAUUAUAAUGAAAUUUUCAGAGAAACGAGGGAUUUUCUGGCGUUUUUGAGGAGGAUAAAAUACGAUCAUCGGCAGUGCCCGGAGAACGGUGGAGGUAAGCAAAAUAAGAAUUUUUCUGGACUAGCCAUAAAUCGAAAUGGUAAAAUGUCAUAAAUCUAACAUGCCCUGGGGUCUCACGGGGCCAGGCCAGACUCCCAAAACUUUCAAAACGAGCCGGGCUGGGCCUACUUGUCAUAGGGCCGGACUGCGGGCCUUGAGAGGCGGCGCAAGACCCGCGCCGUUGGCCGUGCUUGCCAAAUUUAGAGCCUCAGAAACUGUGUACAGUGGAGGACUUGUUCCAGUGGCAAAAAAUGUACCACUUUGCAUCCGGGAAGUAUCAAAAAUGCGGCAAAAUACCUCCCUCUCUCCAAGUGAAAAAACUCCGAUUUGAAAGCGCGCCCGCUCUUUUUGUGAGGGAAACGCGCCCUUCAAAAUGAAAUUUUUUCACUUGGAGAGGGAAGCAUUUUGCCACAUUUUUGAUACUUUCCUGAAGCAAAAUGGUACGUUUUUUGCCACUGGAUCAGGUCCCCCACUGUAGCUAUAAAUUGGGUUAGUAAAGUGACAAAAAAUAAGCUGGCGCUUGAGCCUCACCGGGCCAGGCCAGGCUUCGAAAACCUUCAAAACGAGCCGGACCGGGCCUAUUUCUGUUCGAGCCAAGCUGCUGGCCUAGAACCGGCCCCAUGGCCGUGCUUGCCCAAUUCAGAGCCUCAGAAACCAUGUAAUAUAACUUUGAUUUUUAGGCCCUGUCCUCAUCGAUGUCAGCAUUGUCGUGAGCAACAUUCGAGCUGUCUCCGAAGUCACUAUGGUAAGUUUUAUCACGUCAAAAACAAAUUACUCUGGUCCUUUUCCAGGACUACGCUCUCGAACUGUUCUAUCGCGAGACUUGGACGGACAGCCGCCUGGAUUACGACAAAAGUCUUUUCAAGAAUAAAUCAGAGAUCUCGCUGCACGAAAGUUACACCAAUUUCCUCUGGCAUCCCGAUACGUUUAUGCCAAAUGCUAUUGCCUCCAAAAAUCCGCAAAAACAGUCGAUUUCCCAUCGAUCUUUGCUGAGAUUACAGGAAAAGGGGAGGAUUUUGUACAGCCGGCGGAUCUCGGUAGUCGCUGAAUGUCCCAUGGAUUUGGUGCUGGUAAGUUUAGGGCUGUAGAUUUAGAAAUAAGUGAGGUUCUAAUACACCAACCCCUUUGCAGUUCCCCUUCGACUCUCAGGUCUGUAAACUCGGAAUUGAGAGUUAUGGUUACACCGCGGAUCAGGUCGUUUAUCAGUGGUCGAAAGGGCAAAUCGAUGCGCUAAAGUUGAGCAAAAUUCGGUUGCCGGAUUUUCAAAUAAAGGAAGCGUAUGUGGUCAGUCAACUCGAGAGUUAUGCUACUGGCAAGUUUUUUUUGUUUUGAGGUUUUUAAAUUACGAGUAAUCCGUUGCGGGCGAAAUCUCCCCUUUUUGAACACUCCCCGUUGAAUGAACCCUCCCCCUUUUUGAACACUCCCCCCUCAUUUUGAAAAUUGAAAAAAAUGAGGUGUGACAUGUUAUACGAUGAUUUUUUUUUCAAAUUGAAAAAAUGAGAUGUGACAUGUGAUACGAUGGAAUUUUUUUUCAAUUUGAAAAUUUGAAAAUAAAUUUUUCAUCGUAUAACAUGUCGCACCUAAUUUUUCUCAAUUUGAAAAAAAAUUCAUCGUAUAACACGUCACUCCUCGUUUUUUAAAUUUUCAAAAUGGGGGAGUGUUCAAAAAAGGGGAGAGUUUCGCCUUUUUUGGGGGAGAGUUUGAAAAGCGGGAGAGUUCAAAAAAGGGGGAGAGUUCAGACUCAACCCGAGUAAUCAGAGUAUUCGAUGAAUAUUGCUUUAGGAGACUACAGUCGUCUGUACGUCUGUUUUGUCUUCGAUCGAGCCUCUGGAUUCUGCUUUCUGCAGCUGAUUAUCCCCUCGACUGCUGUGGUUAUCACCUCUUGGGUGGCGUUGUGGAUGGAAAGCGAGACCGAAUUUCAGGUAAUUCGGACAUCUUCAGCUUGAUUUGAGUCGUUUUAGGACAUGAUCUCGAUUAUUUUGGCGAUUACUUUCUUGAUUUUCUCGUACAAUGAGAUGAUGCCGAGGGUCAGCUAUUUGAAAGCGUUGGAUAUCUGGCUCGCCGUCUGUUUUAUGAUCGUAUUUUUGUCGUUGAUCAAACUGGCGUUGGUCAAGUUUAUGAGGCAGAAAUUGAACCGGCAGUAAGUUGAUUGUGAGCUAACAAUUCAUCCGGUGAUGUGGUCAAAGUGCGGCGCACAGAUUUGGCCUACAACUGCCUGGGUUGGCCGUAGUUUGGGUCGGCUCGGUUUGUUAAUAUUUGGUGAUAUAAUUUAAGGUUGGCGGGAGCGGAAAUGAGACUUUUUAGAGUAUAUGGCGGAGUUUUUUGGAUAGAAAUUGCAAAAUUUUAUGUUUUAUAAUCAUAUUGGGUCGUACGGUAAGUUCGUGCAAUCUUUUGGACCUAUUUUUUUAGCAAACAAACAGUAAUUAUAACAGUAAAUUUAUCAAUAAUGUAUUCUCCGUUACUGUUUACGACCUCUUCCCACCUGUUGACCAAUUUUCCGAUGCCUCUUCGAUAGAAAUCUACCGGUUUGGAGGCGAAGAAGAUGCUUGAGCCUGAAAAAUCAUAAAAAAAUUAAAAUUUCAAAAAAAAAACUAACAGGGGAAGUACCCCAAGUGCGACGCUCAGGUCUUGAUGAAACUUGGCACAAAUGUAGAAUAAUUUUUUCUAAGAUAUAUGCGAGAAUCCUAGCCCGCGCUUUGCAGAAACAACCGAGAUUUUUAGAUCGAAAGUCGGCGAAAAUUUAGGACUUUUUGCCGAAUUUCGGCACGAAAAGUUUCAUGCCUAUUUCUACCGUAAAGGAUAAUGUUUCUACAAAAAAUCAAAUUUUUCCGCACGAAACUGCCAAAGUUAUAACCAAAAAGCGUUUUUCUCUCUGACCGCUCUCCACAUUUAGCGUGCUCUCUCGGCGGCAUAAAUCGUCCGAUAUCUCGGCGGCGCCUGCAAAGCGCGAGCUAAAACUUACAGGAAUUGAUAUUUAGUCCAUUCCCGACGUGUGUGCAAAAUUUAAAGAAAAUCUGAGCGUCGCACUUGGGGUACUUCCCUUGUAAAAACACAGUUUUGUAGAGGAGAAAAAACACUGCCAAGUAAAUAUGUACACUUUGCCAAACAACAAACAAUCUUUGUAUACUGGUUGACAAAAUUUUCUUUCCACCUCGUAUCUCGGGAACCGCUAGGCCUAGAACCUCAAAAUUCGGCACAGAAACAUCAUGGGACAAUAUAACACCAUACCCAAAAAAUCAUACCAUUUGUUGCACUUUCAGUGCACUUUUUAUGCAACCGGCAAAAAAAGGGGUGACAAAAUUUUCUUUCCACUUUGGAAAAACCUUUGUAAAUCAUAAGCCAGAGGCAUGAUUUUGGUGCCGUUGUGAUCGCGAAGAAGUCCUCUUUCUAUCUGUGUCACAAUUUUACAGGAGUUUUCGUUGUUUCGCCCUUGGGCGUCUGCUCAUCGUUGCGUUGUCCGUGUUUGGUCAAAUUCGUGGACAGAGAAGCUCGCAGAAGGCCCAAGGAGAUGAGACUGCCCUUAAAAAAUCUGGUAUUUAUGUCUGCAACAUUGUUUGCACCGGCAGUAAAAUUGGAUUCAAUUCAAGUGUGUUGCAUGGGAAAAUGCGCACCUUUAGACUGCGCGAAACCGGAAAAUUGCUUGUGUAAGAAUGGAAACGUUCAAAUGACAUGCCUUUGCAGUAGAUAUGGCGUAUUUUAGGUAUUAUACGACCGUAUGUGUUGAAGCCUACCGCCUUACCUUACCUCCUGUGGUCUAUGUCGUCUUAUGUAAUACAGGUUGUUGCACUACAUGACACAGAGGCAUCGCCAUAACUUAAACUGGAUAUAUUGGGAAAUUUGACUGCCAGACUAUUUUAAUACAUUGACAUUGACCCGCCUUUAACGUUUUUGCCACGACAACUAGCUUGCGCGGGAAGCUUAGGGUUGCAAAUCUUGCACAUGGGGCAUGUGGAACCAUUCUUCUGCUCAUACCUAAGCGCAACAUCAGAGACUAAAAUCUUCACUAUUUUUAAAGUCUGUAGUAUCAUGGAAAAUAUAUCAGCACGAAAAGUUAUUUGAAUUAUCUACAGUGUUCCCAUAAUAACGUAAUUUUCUGGCAACGAGAACCCUGUAAGUGCACAUUUUCCCAUGUAACACACUUAAAUCGAAUCUAAUUUUACUGCCGGUGUAAAAAAUGUUGCAGACAUAAAUACCAGAUUUUUUAAGGGCAGUCUCAUCUCCUUGGGCCUUCUGCGAGCUUCUCUGUCCACGAAUUUGACCGAAAACGGACAACGCAACGAUGAGCAGACGCCCAAGACCGAAACAACGAAAACUCCUGCAAAAUUGUGACACAGAUAGAAAGAGGACUUCUUCGCGAUCACAACGGCACCAAAAUCAUGCCUCUGGCUUAUGAUUUACAAAGGUUUUUCCAAAGUGGAAAGAAAAUUUUGUCACCCCUUUUUUUGCCGUUUGCAUAAACAGUGCACUCAAAGUGUAACAAACGGUAUGAUUUUUUGGGUAUGGUGUUAUAUUGUCCCAUGAUGUUUCUGUGCCGAAUUUUGAGGUUCUAGGCCCAGCGGUUCCCGAGAUACGAGGUGGAAAGAAAAUUUUGUCAACCAGUAUAAAACAAGACAAUAAAAAAAAUUGCACGGAUUUACCCAAUACGACCCAAUAAUAUUGCACCGCAAAUCAAAGAAAUUUUCUUUGUAAUGAAGUCCACAGAACUCAAAAAUAAUGAUGACAUUCCAUCUAGCCUCCUACUGCCUGCACAAUGCAUAUGAAAAACAUACGAAAAAUCUGAGCGUCGCACAUCUAUCGCAUCCCUUGUUAAUCAUACCCCACCUUGACUAACCCAUGAAACUCUAUUACUAUGCAACUUCUAUCGCUUUACUUUCUAUCUCCCUCUCUUCCAGAAGAGCCCGUGAACACAGUGUUAUUGCCUCGAUGUUGCCUGAAUUCCGCACCUCCAUUUCCCCACAUCCAUUAGGCCAGGAGAACGGGGAUCCGCCGAAUGGAAACCUCCUAUCCACUAGUCUAACCAACGAGGACUCAAAGUGUGUUAACUAAAGUGCUGCAAGACACCUUUUCCGACCUUUAACACGGCUAUUCACAUUGUAAUUCCCCUCAUUUUAGCACCAAUGUCAACUCUCCCAAUCUCAUCCAACGCCCUUCCACGGCGUAUCGCUCCUGUUCGGUGCAAUAUACGGCGAUUCCGAUGGCUUCGGCCGAUGUGAACGGACCCAAGACCAAGGUCGACUUGUUUGGGCCGCUGAAAAGAACGGGGAUGCUAAAGAUAUUGCCCAGCCUUUCGUUUACUUCCCAGACCAUGCAUCGAUUUCAUUGGAUUACUCAAGUAAGUGAUGAUAAUACAGUGGGGGGCCUGGUCCAGUGGCAAAAAAAGUAUCAUGUUACAUCCAUGAAGUAUCAAAAUGUGGCAAAAUGCUUCCCUCUCCAAGCGAAAAAGCUCCGUUUUCAAAAGCGCGCCCUUCGAGAGGGAAGCAUUUUGCCACCUUUUUGAUGCUUCCCGGAUGCAAAAUGGUACAUUUUUUGCCACUGGAUCGGGUCCUUCGCUGUAUAGAAAAGUUACUGAAGUUUUCUGUAGAGGAAUAUUAUGAUUUUCUCUCAUGAUUACAUUUGGUUUUCAGAUGAUGUUCUUCUUCGGGUUCGUGAUCUUCGCAUUGUUAUAUUUCCUCCUUUAUCCCAACCUUCAUUACACGUCCAUGGAUCCGGCUUGUGACAAGACCCAGGCCGAGUAUUUUGCCGCCAUCUCGUAA